AUGGGCGCCACCGCGGACGACGUCCCCGCGACGGAACGCGUGUGCAAACACGCGGUCGACAUCGAAUCCCUCGACGCGCGCGGCAUCCUCGCCGCCCUGGGCGCGUCCGACAAGGAGCUGUACGCGUCCGAAUCGACGUGCGCGCAGCCCGCGCUGUCGCAUCCGAAGAUCCUCAACGACGUCGGCGAGUGCGCGGACGUCGUCUCGGAGCUGCUGCGACGGAGCCUCGAGGACGCCAAGGCGACGAUCGCCGCGCGGGAGCCCGCGGCGGCGGACGGGGGGGUUAAACCCUCGGACGCGGAUGGGGAGAUUCGGCCCGCGACAAUGGCGGAGAAUGACGCGAAUUCCACCGGGGACGAGACGAGACUUGACGAGUUCGACUUCGACCGGUUCGCCUCGAAGGAGGGCGCCGCGCGGGCGACGGAGGAGGCGCCGACGACCGCUGAUCCACGACCGCGGACGGAUCCCCCGGAAGGAGGACGCCGAGCGGACGACGACGCGAACGACGACGACGACGCGAUGGAGCUCCUCGACGCGAUGCUGAAAGAGGAGGAUGGGGAGGAUGGGGAGGACGUGACGCUCCCUCCCGCGCCGGACGUUCCGCCCACCGCCGCCGUCUUCGUCGUCGGAUGCGGGUACGCCGGGCGCGUCGCCUUCCUCGCCGCGACGCACGCCAACCACGUCGCCGUCAUGCGCGGCUUCCAGCCGAUAUUCCAUCCGAUCCUCCCGGGCGGAACGUCACAGCUGUGCGACGUCGGCGCGCCGGAAACCGCCGAGGACGACCACCGAGCCGCCAUCGACGAUUUCGACGCGGCGCUGGCGCGCGCGGGCGGCGACACCAUCGUGGACGCGGCGAUCGUCGGCGUCGCGCACGGCUUUCGCGAGCGGUACGUGGCGUCCGCGGUGGACCGAGCGAUGAGGGACCCGAAGCGUCGAUUCUCCGUUUUUUUAGUCGGAUACUGCGCGGGGAAACACGCGAGCGACGAGGGGCCGGGAUCGGUGGCGCGAGCCGCGGUGGAGGGGGGCGCGACGGGGGAGCCCGGGGGUCCGCCCCCCGGGACCCCGCACGGCGCGCCGCCCACCUUUCGCGACGUCGUCUGGCGCCUCGAGCCCGACCUCGGGGGUUUACUCACGGAGCACCCGUGGAACAUCAGCCCGUUUAAGGACGGGUACGGUCCCAUCGACGCGGCCGAGGGGAAGUGGGAGAGACGGAUGCCCAUGCGCGUUCGAAAGCGCAAGAUCAUCAACCCGGUGGUGGGCGCGGAGUGCGUGCACGCGUGCGACGCGCUCAAGUGCGGCACCGCGACGAAGAUUAUCCUCGACGCCGCGUUUUCCACCGGGAUCUUAAUGGCGGAGGAUGACGAGCGCGAGCGAGAGUGGGAGAACGUGGACCCAAAGGACGCGGACGCGGACCCGGACGCGGAUCCGGCGAACUUGGUCGAACGCCCCGGGCCGUACCCGAUCGCGUGGGAGGCGAGCGAGUGCGCGCUCGAGAUGGUGGCGACGUAUCUGAUGUCGGCGUCGGGGGUGACGCAGCACUUUUACCGAUCCGCGCUGGGCAAGAGUAAGAGUACGAGUACGAGUAAGAGUAAGAGUAAGAAGGAGGAUGCACUUACGGAGGAGGGGGAUGAACGUGGGGAGGACGAGGCGAAGAGCAGCUUCGACGCCGGCGUCGUCAGCGUCGUGGAACGCGCCGCAUCCGCCGUCGCGUCUGGCGGGUCGGUACAUUUCGUCGGCCACGGCGGCGUCGGCGCGAUGGCCCUCAUCGCCGUCCCGGACGCCAUCACCGCGUUCGGCGCGGCUCAACGCGACUUUCACGCCCACCUCGGCACGAAGGGCGGAUGGGGCGCGCUGGAUCCCGCGUUCGACGACGAACACGGGGGUGGUUCGCCCCGCCCGCCCCCGGGAGGCGCGAGGGAGAUAUCGAGGGAACACUUCGUCGACGCGACGCUCCCGAAGCUUCGCGCGAACGACCUCGUGGUGCAGCUCGCGGCGGGUCACACGCCGUGCGCGGUGGUCAUGACGAACGACCUCACCUACCACGACGUCGCCGAGCGUUUCCCGUCCGCGGGCAUCGCGGCGGUGAGGUGGCCGGAGGUGGCGGAAGCCGCGAAGGCGAGGGGCGUGGGCGUAGCCGUCGUCGUCGCGCCCGGGUACGAGUGCGCACAGCUGUGCCCGCCCGCCCCCGAGCGGUCCGUGCUUCGCGCAGUGUGGUGCGCGAGGCUCGCCGAGGUGCACGUCAAGCACGCGAUCGACGCCAUCGUCGCGGGAUGCGGCGUCUUGCUCGGGCGGACGUCGCACGGAGGAAUGCCGAUUUGUUCGCUCGUUCAAAACGAGCGGACGCUGGCGAGGGCGACGCGGGUCGUCGCCGUCGCGGCGGGGUGCGGCGAGGACAGGGCUAAGAUGGCGGUCGUUCGGUCCGUGCUCGGCGACGAGUUCGAUCCGCGGCCCGGCGGGGACAGGGUCCCCAGAGCGGAGGUGCUGUGUAAACGGGCACGGGCGGCGGCGGCGGCGGAGGGCGCGGGGGUGGUGCCCGUCGCGGUGUUGCUCGCCGGCGAGGUUUGCGCGACGGCGGCGGAGGCGAGGGAGGCGGUGACGGAGGCGGCGUCCGACGGGGGCGGGUGCGUUACCGGCGGAGGCGUCCGGGGCGUGCUGUCUCGAUAUUCGCGUUGA